CAUUGUUGAAGAGACGACCUGCAAAGGAAGUGGAGAGGGCAAUGAAUAAGUACCAGAUUUUUUUUUCGUACAAAAGAGAAUUUCAUUGUCAUACCAAGCACGAAAGAAAAGGUCAAACCAAAGGCUAUGGCAUUGGUAAGUAGGAAUUUGAGGAAAAGGACCAAAAUCAAACAUGCAUAUCAGAUUAACCAUAAAGUAAACCAUAUAUAUUAUUUAAAAAAAAUGAUGGCACCUGUGCCACAUAAACCAGCUUCCCAGGAAAGUUUUAAGAUUUCAAACAAGAUUGAGACCUGCCAAUAGACCCAGAUACCUAAAUCUGGAGUUUGACUUGAUGAAACAAAGACUCAUCCUGUUUCUAUAACUUACAUUCUUAAUGAAUCUUCCACUUAAUUAGAUUGGUAUAGGUAAAGUCGAAUAACCAAGCCGAUUCAAUGUUUUUCCUUCUCUAUUUGGGCUGACCAAGCAAAAACAACUCAAAGAAGAGGACCACAGCUAAAUUCCCAAUCUCUUCUUCCAUGCCAAAAUGAUCAAGAAGUCUCACAAAUCUCUGGUGUGGUAGAAGCACUGCUUCCCAUGAACAAGCACGCAAGGGAUGAAAAUAUUAUGAUCACUUUCCUAUCUAUUAAUCACAAAUAAGAAAACAUAAGGAUCAAAGAGUUUCAGAUUCAAAAGUUUUGUCAGUAACUUAUGUACGUUUAUCUGAAUAAUUCAGAGAAGCAAGCAACUAACUAAUCAAUGGUGAAUAAUUUUCAUGUGAAAUAAGGUUUGAGAAAUUUUCAGGAAAUGGGGAAGUUGCCCAACGCACUGAUCAUACUUUUCUGUUUUGUCAUUGAGUAUGAAAGUUCUUAAACUCUGUCAUAAUUCUCCUUUUUAUUAUGCAAAUAAGAUUUGAAAAGUCUCGUUCACAAAUCAACUGGGCCAAAUUAAUAAAACUCAACCAUGAAAAAAACAAUUAGAAAAAAAAAACAUUAAUCUGAUCACAGCUGCAUCACCCCUAACAAACUCUAAUCUCACUUGAUUAAUUUAAUCUCAGACAAACCAAAAGUAUUUCUAUAAUACGCACUGAUAUCUGUAGAAUUACACACAUCCAAACCCAAAUAUAUGUCAUUAUUAAAAACAUUAAAAAAAAGUAUAUUAAAAAAGAAACUACCAACCUGGCAGAAUUGGUGAGCUUUCCAAUCAUCAAAUUUGACUAUUAGGAAGGUGGCUUAGAGAAACAAAACAAAAAUCCUGUUCAACUGAAUGCAAAGAUUCAUACGAUCAUAUGAUUUUUCUCCUUUCGAGUUCACACACAACACAAUCCCUGCAUAAAUACUCAAUACAGAUCGAUUCAAAUUUCCUAAAAAAAAUGGCCUUUACCUUCUUAACCACUCUCAUCUUCUGCAUACUUGUCCCCCUCUCUCUCUUCAUCUUCACCAAAUCUAAGACCACAUCCAAAACCUCAACUAAGCUACCAAAAUCAUAUCCUAUCUUCGGUUCAUUCUUCGCAAUCGUGAAGAACAGAGAUAGGUUCGUGCAGUGGUCAUCAGAGAUAGUGAUAUCUACACCCAACUUAACCUUUCCCCUCCACCGCGGCCGCGGCCAUUGGAUCAUCUACACGGCCAACCCUGCCAACGUGCAGCAUCUUCUCAAGGAUAACUUCCACAACUACGAGAAGGGGAACUUCUUCAAAGUGAACUUGAGAGAUUUUCUUGGUGAUGGCAUAUUCAACUCCGAUGGCCAGACAUGGAAGUUCCAGAGGCAGGUUGCCAGCCAUGAGUUCAACACCAAAUCCCUACGCAAGUUCGUCGUCAACGUGGUGGACUCUGAGCUCUCUGAACGCCUCAUUCCCAUCUUGAGAAAGGCGGCGGUGGAGAAAACUGUCAUUGACUUUCAGGACAUUUUGCAGAGAUUUGCUUUUGACAAUAUUUGCAAGAUUGCGUUCGGUUAUGAUCCCGGAUACCUGUCGGCAUCUCUACCCAAGGAGAAGUUCGCGGUUGCUUUUGAAAUGGCUGUGAAGCUCUCCACUGAGAGGUUCAUCUCGUUCACCCCUUUGAUCUGGAAAAUUAAGAAGGCCAUUAACGUCGGAUCAGAGAAGCAACUUAAGAUAGCUAUAGGAGAAAUACACACCUUUGCUAAGAAAAUAAUCCGGGAGAAAAAGCAAGAACUUGAGCAUAAAUCAUCUCUGGAAUCAGUUGAUCUCCUUUCGAGAUUCUUGAGCUCUGGACAUUCUGAUGAAGACUUCAUCACAGAUAUAGUGAUAAGUUUCAUUCUAGCAGGCCGAGACACGACUUCCGCAGCACUGACAUGGUUUUUCUGGCUGCUUUCAGAUCGUGGAGAAGUGGAGAAUGAGAUUCUGAGAGAGAUCAAUGGAACAUCAGAAGCUUCAUCAGUUUAUGAUGAGGUGAAGGACAUGGUAUACACUCACGCUACAAUUUGUGAAAGCAUGAGGCUUUAUCCUCCGGUUCCUACAGAUAGUAAAGAAGCUAUAGGUGAUGAUGUUUUGCCUGAUGGAACAGCUGUAAAGAAGGGCAUGAGAGUGCUCUAUCAUCCAUAUGCUAUGGGUAGAGUUGAGAAAGUGUGGGGUAAAGAUUGGGCAGAGUUCCGCCCGACACGGUGGUUGGAGAGGGCGGCAGGUGUUGAUGGAAAGUGGAGUUUUGUAAACAGGGAUAGCUUUACAUACCCAGUUUUUCAGGCUGGACCGAGAAUUUGCCUUGGGAAAGAGAUGGCUUUCUUGCAGAUGAAGAGGGUGAUUGCUGGUGUUUUGCAGCAGUUUAGGGUGGUGGCGGCAGCAGAAACAGAGCCAGUAUACGUAGCAGACAUGACAGCUAAAAUGAAGGGUGGUUUUCCAGUGAGGAUUGAAGAGAGGAACUAGUCAUGAUUUGCCAUAACUAGGAUGCUUAUCUUAGUUACUUAAUAUUUUGUGUUUCCAUUGUUCCGGACUGUAUUUUACUAGUUACGAAUAUUGCAAGUUUUCAUGCGUGAGUUUGAUACCUAGUACAGACUGUACAGUGGCUUUCUAUAAUAUUUCAAAUGGAGUAUAAGAUUUGGA